AUGAAGUUCACAACUACUGGCUUGAUCAGUUUAGCUAUUACUCUCCUAUCUUCUACAGUGUAUGCUAAUGAUGUGACAUACUCAGUCGUCGCUUUCCCUGCACAAGGCGAAAAAGUCUCUGUCAAUGUAGGCAAUCAAUCAUAUCCUUUACAGUCUAGCUCUACCUGUCCUGGUGUCUAUACAGGUAACGCUCCUUUUGGUGCUGAAUAUCACUACGCCCUCGUCGAUGCCUCUGGUAAGGCAACAGCCGAACCUUUCAAGCGUACCUUGGCUCAAAAUUCCUCCACCACUGGUAAUGAAUUCUUUGGUCGCUCAAAGACUUUGUGGGAUAUUCCUGAAUUACCUCAAGCUUUCCCUCCUAUGUAUCCUUCUCUCAAGAGCGGUAUGUGGAGUGAUAACGAAAUCGCUACUGUCAUCGUCAAGGCCGAUGGUCCUGCGCUUGACAAGAUCUUGAAAAAGCCUGAAGAGGACCACAAAUAUGCUCACGUGUUCAACCUGACUUACGUCAACCAUGACAGCUGUUACACUUUCACAGAUGCGGGUAUUAGAAAUAGUGGUCAAUCUUCAAAGGAAUACGCUAAGCAAUCCUUCAACCUUAAACUUGGCAAAUUCAACAAGGGUUCCGAUGACAGAUUGUUCAACCGUAAGGCCUUAAAGAUGCGUGCUGAAGCGGAUGAUCCUGCUUUUAUCAGAGACAAGUUAUCCUUGGACGUUCUCAAGGCUUCUGGCGCUAUUCACUUGGACGGAAACUUUGCCAGACUUUUCGUCAACGACAAACCUUAUGGUUUAUAUCUUAUGACCGAUGAUGAAUUCGUUGGCUUCACCGAUAACUUGAUGAACGGCGGUAAGGCGGACCCUAACAUUGGUGCUACCUUCAAGGGUAACUCGAUGAGUGCAACACAAUGCGCCGAUUUAGUCUAUAAGGGUGAUGACGAAAAGAAGUACGACUUUUCCGAUAUCUACUUUUUGGGUACCGAAGGUCAUGAUAAGAACGUUACGGAUGAGAAUUACGGUGCUCCUUUGAUCAGCUUUAUGAAAAGAUUAAGUGAAGUGAAGCCUGGUACUCCCACCGAACCCGGAACGUUGAACGACUUGAUCGAUAAUACAAACCAAACCAUGGCUCAACUUGCUGUCAACAUGCUUAUCGGUGCCUGGGAUGGUUUCUGGUAUGGCGGUACCAACUUCUACUUGACGGAACAUCUCGAUACCAAAAAAUGGAAUUUGAUUACUUACGAUUUCGAUGAUACCUUCGGUAAUGAUAUGACAGACAAAUCAAUGGUCACCGCUCCUUAUGAACAAUAUGCUCCCAAGAAUGCCAAGCGUCCUUUCAUUGAUGCCUUCAUCAAGGACCCUUACUACAAGCCUCAAUUUGAAGCCAUCCUCAAGACCAUUGUUGAACGCUACUUUAACCCCGCUACUAUGAAGAAACGUCUUGACGCCUAUACUGAAAUGUUGCAAGAAGACAUUGCUUGGGACUACAAUCUCAAGAAACCUUCUCCUGGUAGGGAUGAAAAGUUCACUCUCCAAUCUUUCAAGACCAACAUGUACAAUGCUUCUAAUGACAGAAUGGGUAUUCUGGACUAUAUCAACCAACGUUCUUCUGCUACUGCCAAACAACUUAACAUUACUCUUAACAAUUAA